AGAACAUGUUAAAGACUGUUUCCUUGAGAGUGGGACUGGAAAUGACCUUUUGUGGGUUUAAUGUCCCAGUUCAACCACGGGGAGGCAGUGUUGACCCGUUGAGCAAUUCUGCAGGCUGCAGCCAGGGGUAGUUGUCUUUCUCAGGAUUAAAAUCAAUCAUCCGCGCGUGCUCGACGCUCGCGCUCUUCAACUGAGAAUUGGGUCAAACAUUUGACGGCGGAUAUUUGCUCUUCUGGAGUUAAAAGUGGCUUCCAGAUUCCUUUAACUUGUGAAGACUGCAGCCUCUGCUCCCCCGCGGGCCGACCCCCAGCACCAUGGACUGCUGCACGCCUCAGCCGCCGCGCCGUCACAACCCCGUGGACAGCAUCUGCCGAAAACUCCAGACCAUCCAGUGGCGCGGUGACCGAGAACCCAACUCGCCUUUCCAGAUCCCCAAGCUGUCCUCCAGCAGCUACGACAGCCCGCAGUGCAGCCUGAGGAGCAACCUGGAGGCCAUCCUGAAGAAAGGGGCGUGCCACGGAGACGGCGAGGGGCGGGGCAGCAGGAGCAUGGGGAUGCCCAGCUCCGUGGCGUCCCAGAGGAGCGGCGCCGGUCACUAUAACCCGCCCUGCACCCCCACGCACCACCGCGCCACCCCCGCUAACGUCACGUACACCAUCACCAGCACCCUGGGGGAGAGACAUCGGGGGGAAGGGGGCGAUUUAAGGCAAACCAGGACGUGGCAGAGGAACCACUCCACGCCCUCCACCCAGCCUCAGGACUCGCCUUACUUCACCUUCACCAGGGGACCCCAGGAGGAGCAGUCUGAGAGCAGCGGAGCAACUCCCAGCCCCCACCUGUGUCGUACUUUCACGCCAAGUCAGAGCAAUUUCUCCUACGACCUGAACUUCUGCCCUGCCGGGGCAUCUGAGGGCGAGCUGCCCUACCCCGCUCUCGUGGUGAAGAGGCUGUCCAUGGGAGACGGAGGAACGUCCGUCGCCUCUGAGAAUGGAACUGGCAUGGCAGAAAUCAGCCUGAUCUGUGAGGAGAAUCUGCUGGACACCAUUUUCCACGCCUGUGACACCCAGCGCAGAGGUAAAGUGUACGUGUCUCACAUCGUGGAUUACUUGCGGCACACGACCAGCCGCAGCUCGGAGGACAGCGGCCUGGAGGAACUCUGCAACAUGCUGGACCCCGAACGCAAAGACGUCUCCAUCGACCUGGACACGUACCACGCCGUCAUGAGGGAGUGGAUCGACGACUGCCGCAAUCACGGUGAGGAGGAAUCUGACGAUAUUACCCACGAAGACUCUGUGAAAGUGAGAGACGGUGUGCCAGACAGGAAGUCCAUGCUGCUAAAUAUGACCUCAGGAAGCUUGGAGGCCUUUGGAGGGGAGCCGUCCAAAGUAGAAUUUGAGACAUCAGAGCUGGUGUACUGUGUUGCUGAUCUCCAAAUGAGCAACCAGAAGCUCCAGGAGGAGGUCAGGAGGCUGAAGCAGGUGGUGGAGGCCAUGGAGGAGAGCAACCAGAAGCUUGCUGAGGAAAAUGAGGAGCUACGCUCGCAGGCGAGGAUAAACCAGCAGAUGGCUCAGAAAGAGAAGCUGCUGGAGGAGGAGGUGGAGGAGAUGAAGGCCACGCUGAGCUGCACCGAGGAAGGAAGAGCUCGAGCCUCUGCGCGCAGCAAGCAUGUGGAAAGAGAGAACCAGAGUCUGAUUGCAAAGAUUUCCUCCCUUCAGGAUGAGAACUUUAAGAUCACCAUGGAGACAGACGAGCUUCAAAAGAGGAUAAAGGAGCUGUGUGAUGUUAAUGCUGACCUUCAGGUACAGAUUCAUGCCCUGGAUGUCAGUCUUCAUGAAAAGGAAUCUGCAAUUCUGGAGAGGGACCGGCAGGUGGAGGAGCUGAAGGCCACAAUAGAGGAGUACACGGCCAUCACACAGCUGCUGAGGACGGAAAAGAGCAAACUGGAGAACCAGAUGCAGAUGAUCCUUCCAGACCUGGCAGGGUCCAGCCUGUCUCUGUGUGGAGCCUACAGGCUGAAUCAGAGCAGCUCCGGAUCCCUGCAGACGGAGCUGGCGUUGGCACAGUCGCCACUGGAGGCUCCUCAUCUGUCGGCAGCGACGAGUCAGGCCUCUGCUUUGGACGAGACGCUGGACAGGGAGGUGCUGCUGCUCCUGCAGGGACCCGACCCCGAACACACGGCUCUGGAGUUCAGAAACCUCCUCAACAAGAUGAAAAAGGAUUUGGAAGAAGAAAGCUGCUCUGUUGUUUCCACUGUUGGGAGCUUUUUGGGAGAGAACUCAACGGCGGGCAGCGGCGUGGACCCUCGUCUGCAGACAGUGCGGGCCGAGCUGGACGCCCGCAGAGCGGACUGGGCCGCCAGCCUGGACCAGCUGGCCGGGUACACGGACUCAUUAGAGAAGGAGCUGAUCAAAACGGCCAGCAACAUGAGGAGGUCCCGCACGGAGAUCCUCCACCUGUCAGUCAAGGUGCAGGAGCAGGAGAGCCAGAAGCGGCAGCUGUGCGAGGAGCUGGAGCGGCUGAAGGCCCCCCCGGACGGCACCGAGGUUUCCUGCCAGACUCCAGAACCAGAGGAAGAGCUUCUAGAAGACUUGGACUGGGAGGAGGAGGAGUUUGCCCUCCAAGACUUCCUGAAGAACGAACCGGCAGAGUCUAACUGUGGAGCCCAGGAGAGGGAAAUGUCCAACAGCCGGCCAGAAGCUGCAGGAAAACCGCCUGACAGGUGUGACGAGGAAGAGGAGAAGGAGGAAGAGGAAGAGAGGGACUCCUCAACUCCUCUGUCUGCUGUCCUCCUGGCAGCUCCUGCUGUUCAGGCCUCUGUGGAAGACGAUCGAGUUUCAGACGCAGAGCCAGAGGUGAACCAUCAACCUUUGCAGAAAACGGCGCCUCUCGACGCCCACGCACAAGCUGUCGGCGUGAAACACCCCGAGGCGGACGCGCUCCCCGAUCUGUCCCACUCUGAGGAGAGCGCAGAUGAGGCCUGCUGGAGGCCAGAGUCCUCCUCCUGUGGAGCAGCACCACCUCUGAGACCAUCAUGUGAGCAGGAGCGCAGCAUCACGUCUGCAGACGUGCGUCCACCCCACAGUGCAGCGGCCGACCCAGAGGAGACGUCCAGCCACGCAAAAAGCUCCUGGCUGACCUGCGAGGAGCCCGAAGGAGACGAGGAGACGAGCGCCGCGGGUUCGAGCGCCGCAGAUAUGCGUCGUCACAAGAGUUUGAUCCGCGACAAUUCCACCGAGAGACCAGGAGCUGAAGACGGCUCCUGCCUGUUGCCUGUGGUGGUGGAGGAAGAAGAGAGCGCACAGGACACGGCUGCGCAGGCGGCAGGCGUGAAUCGCCUCCCCAGGAGUGAGAACCUCGUCUCUCCCAACAGCAGCUCUCCAUCGCCAACAUCCAUCACACCCGACAACCAAACGGGGAGGAGGGGGAGUCGCUUGACCUCUGACCCCCCACAGCCAGAGGCUAACCAGGUUUUUAUGCGAAACAUGUCUGCAGCCGUGGAGCACCGAGUGACGGAUGAGCAAAGCCAAAGCAGCAGAGGUUCUGAGCAGGACUCUGAGACAUCGGUGCUCUCUGACCAAAGUGAUGCCUUUAAGGAGAAAAGAAACAGCUUGUCACCUAACGACAAGGAGAUUGAGGCGGAGUUCCAGCGCCUGUCCCUGGGGUUCAAGUGCGACAUGUUCACACUGGAGAAGAGGCUCAAGCUGGAGCAGAGGUCCCGGGACCUCGCCGAGGAGAACAUCCGCAAGGAAGUGUCCAGCUGCCAGGGACUACUGCAGGCGCUGACUCCUCUGUGUGAGGAUGAAACCCAAUCCAUGGAAAUCAUCCAGAGGCUCCAGAAAAACCUGGACAUUCUCAUCCAGUCCACAAACCGGGUGUCAAGCCGCUCUGAGAUGUUGGGCGCCAUUCACCAGGAGAAUCGUAUCGGUAAAGCCGUGGAGGUAAUGAUCCAGCACGUGGAGAACCUGAAGAGGACGUACACCAAGGAGCACGCCGAGCUGCUGGAGCUCAGAGAGGCGCUUGCGCAGGGUGAGAGGUCCUUUGGAGGAGAAAAAGAUAAACGGGGCAUACCAAUAACACGUGACACCAAGAAACCGGGCAGACGCGUUAGCAUCACAGGCAUCCCAUUUUCAUCAUACAAGCACUGCGAAAACGUCCAAGAAGAGCCAGAGGUUGAUGUGGAAAGCCUGAAAAAGCGCUUCUCAUGGAACAAGGCGGCGAGGGGCGCAGCCCGCCACCCUCUAAAACGCUUUGGUAGCUCCGCAGCCCGGUUCGACUUUGAAGAACCCCCCGACCCAGCCAAGGGGCCCGGCGAGCCCCGAGCAGUGGUCCAGGAGCAGCAGGAGAAGACGAAGGAGACGAAGCGGAGGCCCAGCAUCAUUGAGCUGGGCAACAAAAUCAGCGCCCUCAUUCUGCCCGUUAAGACUCCCAGUCCUCCCUCCACCCCCACAGUCUCUGAUCAGAAUCCGGUGCAGCCUCCGACCCCCAUCCCGGCCGCCUCCAGACGAGCCUCUGCGGUCGCCCCCAAAGCCAGCAGGGGGGUCUGGCUGUGGCUGGCCAUCAUGGUGGUGCUCGCAGGUCUCCUGGCUCUGUUGGCCUGCCUGGUGAUGCAGCCGGCUGCAGACGCCGCCCCCAUGGGGACGGGCGACUCGUGGAUGACCAUCCAGCAGCUGCUGUGGCCCUACACCGGACUGCGGCACAACGCCCAGCCCCCCGUCUAACCCACCCGGAUGCUGGGAAAGCCGACAUUUCCCCAAAAAAAGACUUCAGAAAGCCGGAACGAAGAAACUUCCACCGAGGAUUUUACGUACGGGACUGAGGACGAACGCCGUGUGUCUGACGAUGGCGCUUUUAUUUAACCGUUUCCUCUUUGAACACGGAGGAUUUUUUUAUAAGUCUGGUAGAAACACUGAGGACAGAGUUAUGAAAGUGUCCGAAUAUUUAAGAGUUUGUUUGUUUCUGAAGGAAACUUGAUCUACUUUUUCCCUUAAACUGUGCAGCUUCAGGGAUCUGAACCUUUUCUGCAGAUUCUACUCAUAAGAAUUUCAGCAUCAAAGUUUGUUUUUACUGUUUUCUGUAACUUCUACACUUGUACGGUCCAAAGAUGGCACGGGUCUUUGCACAAAUAAAGUAGCCUGUUCCACC